GUCCACUCGUCUAGUAAACAAUUUUCUGUCAUUCAGAAUCGAAAAAUGUCGGGCCAAAGCGUGAGGCUGCGAAUCACCAAGCUUUUGAAAGUUGUGAUCUUAAGUUUAUUGUUCGUCAUCACUGUCCUAAUUCUUGUGGCUACGGUUAGGACGAUUUCGUUAGAUGUGAAUACGGGGUUGAAACUGGCACGAUGGGAGAGGACCGAACACGUCCCCCCCAAUAUAACCAGUGAAUAUAGACAGCGGCUCGUUUCCAAUUUCAAAGAGGCGAUUCGGAUACCCACCGUAUCGUAUUCGGAAACUGAGCUCAACACUACUGCACUGCGAGAGUUCUAUGGGCUGAUGAGAAAAGCUUUCCCUAUAUUGUUUUCCUCAAAUGUGGUCUCGCAUGAAGUCGUUGGAGUCUACAGCCACCUUUUCUGGGUGCCUGGGACUGACCUUUCCCUGUUACCAUACAUGCUACUUGCCCAUAUUGACGUUGUACCAGCCAAUGAGAGUGAUGGCUGGGAUGCACCUCCUUUCUCUGCCAAAGAGAUUGAUGGCUUCAUCUAUGGCAGAGGGACCAUUGAUAAUAAGCAAUCUGUUAUGGGAAUUCUAGAGGCACUGGAAUUCCUGCUAGCGAGAGAUUACAUGCCACGACGAGGCUUCUACGUCGGCCUGGGACAUGACGAAGAGGUGAAUGGCCUCAAUGGCGCAGUGAACAUUGUGAACGCCUUGAAGGAGCGAGGAGUUGGGCUGGAGUUUGUGCUGGAUGAGGGCCUGGCUGUGCUGGAUGGCAUCAUCAGUGGCCUACAUGGACCUGCAGCUCUGAUUGGAAUCAGUGAGAAGGGCCAAGCCACAGUGAAGCUCAGCGUCACUGCCCCUCCUGGCCACUCCUCCAUGCCUCCAGCAGAGGGCAGUAUUGGCAUCCUUGCCUCUGCCAUCAAACGGCUAGAAGAUAACCCAAUGCCCAGACUCUUUGGCUUAGGUCCUGAACGGGGAACAUUUGAGCAUCUGGCUCACAGUUUUGGCCUUCCCCUCAGAUUUAUCAUGUCCAAUCUGUGGCUGUUUACCCCACUCCUGAGCAGAGUAAUGGAGAGAAGACCUGAUACAAAUGCCUUUGUACGAACAACAACAGCCAUUACCAUGUUUAAUUCAGGCGUGAAGGUUAAUGUUCUCCCUUCUUAUGCUGAGGCCAUUGUGAACUUCCGCAUUCACUCAGCACAGACUUUGAAAGAGGUGCUGGACCUAAUUGAGGCCUCAGUGGCGGAUGAAAGAGUUAAGAUAGACCUCUUGAAUGGGUUUGACCCAUUGCCCGUCAGCGACUACACCGACAAAGCAUUUGGGUACCAGGUCAUCAAGAAAACAGUGCUGGACAUGUUCCCACAUGUGGCCAUAGCUCCAGGAAUUUGUGUGGGAAACACUGAUAGCAGACACUACACUGAGUUGACCAAAGAUAUCUAUCGCUUUGCUCCGACAUGGUUCAAGCCAGGUGACCCUCAGAGGUUUCAUGGUGUGAAUGAGAGGAUAUCCAUUAAGAACUAUGAGGAGCUUGUUGUGUUCUACAUCAAACUCUUCCAAAACUGUGACAUCAGAGAUCUCCCAUCCCCUCAUGAUGAUGGACACGAGCUUUAAGAGUGCUGUUGGCAUCCUUCCAUGACCUCAGCAUCGCCCUUUUAUUUUCACAAUCAAGACACAGUAAGCUCUAGGAUAUUGAUAUUCUUCAGUUAUGGACAUUUCAUUCAUUACAACCACUUACUUGCAUGAUAAACAUUUUCUACUGUAUGUCAGUGUUUGAAGAUCAGUUGGUAGUCUGUCUGUGGUGGCCUCCUAACUACACAAAAACACAUUGUGUGUCCUCCUGUAAUCUGUGCUCUUUAUUUUUCAUAAUGCUGGAAUUGAAUGUAACACAUUUCAGAUACGGUACUUGCAAAGCAAUAUUGGGUAAUCCAGGUGGAGUUGGUGAAAGUCCUUCCUUUUUACCGACUGAAGGCUUGAAACCUGUCUUGAAUUUAAUUCAGUGUUUUCCUAUACAAGUAGUUGAUGUAAAGUUUAAAAAACAAACAAAAACAAAACAUGGAACAAGGACCAUACUCAUACUUCUCUACUUAAUUCUGAUAUUUGACAUGAUGGUAGAAUGGCUCAAUGGAUAUUCAUUCUGAUCCAACUUGUGAGUGUGAAGAAGUAGAUGAGACGCUAUUACUGACAGUUCCUAAUGCAGAUCAUUAGAUUGAGUGAGCGACUUAGAUCAACACAAGAUGAAUUGAGACUUCUAUUCCUACUGAAAAGGCCAGUUCUAUACGGUAAAUGUAUGAUUGUUUCUGUGAAGAGUGAAAUCUGCUUUAGGCCAGAGUGAUUCUAGAAAAGUAUUGGAGAAAUGCAGCCCUCUAAUCUAUGUGCUGUUUGAGAGGAGUGAUGAGUGAUUUGUUUUUAAUUGUUUUUUUUUUGCUGCUGGAACAGGGGGGUAUUCCAGGUAUGUGGUGUAGUGACAAUUGUGGAUCAGUUAACUCAGAGGAAGUGGUAAACCUCCUAAUAGAAGAGCCCUAUGGCUUCAUUCUAUUAGCAAAACAAAGCCAUACGGCUCUUCUAUUAGAAAGUUUACCAUUUACUCUGAGUUAACUUACCCAUGUUUGUCACUACAUCACGUACUUGAAAUAUCCUCCAGCUGUCUCAGGUUGAAAGUUUAAUAUAUAUUGUUAUAAUUUGUUUUCUUGAAUGUAUUAAGUUGAUUGUACAGGCAGUAUUAUAAUGUGUUUACAAACCCCCAUGUUGGCUGUUGAUCACCUUUACUUUGAAUGCUAAACUCAACCAUCAUUUAAAAUGUGUUGUAUGUAUCUGUUGCAGAACAGUAAAUCAAUUUUUUUUAAUUGACUUCAGUUUUACCAUUUGAAAAAUAAAUUAAAAAAUCUAAUGAAAAAA